GGUUUACCCUGUUUACCUAAGGUUCGCCGGGUUGUUUUUGUUGCCGCCGCUCGCUGGCUACUGCAUCGACUGCAUGCGUGGGCUGGGUUGGCUCGGUGAUAAAUGGUGUUAGCUGAUACCGCUCCUCCGAUGAGAUCCACCUUUCGACUGGCCGUUCCUUCGUGCCCGUCCUGACAGCGCGGAGCCGUCGACGAACUGUCGGUUGCCGCACGCUGCACUCGGCAAUGCUCUUCCCUGUGCUUCUGCUGCUCAAGUUGGUGAUAGGCGCGCUGAUCUUCGACGCAUCUGCACUCAGCUGGCAUGACCUGAAGUGGCCCCGAGAUCUCCGGCCGCUGGCCCAUCAUGAUCUGCUGUACAUGGGACAGAUUUCGGACGAGGACAGGGGGGACUUCAACGCCACCCUGCGGAACUUUCUCGUCCCCAGGGUUGUGGGGAGUCAGAAGCACCGGGAGGUUAGGGAGUUCAUUGUGAGGUCGCUCAAGGAUCUCAACUGGGAUGUGGAAGAGGACUGCUUCGACGGCCAGACUCCGCACGGGAUAAAACCAUUUUGCAACGUGAUAGCGACGCUCAACCCAAGCGCGUGUCAUCGGCUGGUGCUGGCCUGCCACUAUGAUUCCCUGCUCCACAAGGAAGGAACCUUCAUUGGUGCUACCGAUUCUGCUGUGCCGUGCGCUCAACUGGUGUACUUGGCGAGGUCCCUGAAUGGCAAGCUGCAGAACCAGAAGACUAGAGGCGACGGUCUGACGCUCCAGCUGGUCUUUUUCGACGGGGAGGAGGCAUUCGAGCGCUGGAGCUCGCACGAUUCCCUCUACGGCUCGCGGCACCUCGCCCAAAAGUGGCACGAGGACCGAACGUCGGCCGAAAGACUCGAGAGCUGCCUCGAGAGGAGCGAGAUCGCCAACCAGAUCGACCGAAUGGAAGUGAUGGUGCUCCUGGAUCUGCUGGGGGCAGAGAAUCCACGUUUCUACAGUUACUUCGGGGAAACCCAGCCCGUUUACCGGAGGCUCGUCAGCAUCGAGAGCCGGCUCAACGACGCUGGGCUGAUGGAACUUCCACGUCGCCGACGGAGGACCAACUACUUUUCCAACAGUUCAACGGUGGGCUUCAUCGAGGACGACCACAUCCCCUUUCUCAAGAGAAGCGUCCCCAUCGUGCACAUCAUCCCGAGUCCCUUUCCAGACGUUUGGCACACGCUCGACGACAACGAACAGAACCUGCAUCACCCGACCAUCUCCAACCUGAACAAGAUUUUCAAGGCAUUCGUGUCCGAGUACCUGCAGCUAUGACCCGUCGAAAAAAGCACGCCUUUUGAUGCAUUUCCGUAGCUCCUCACUCAAGCAAAAAAGGCUCACAAGUUUCACUAUUAUCACUUGUCGUUUUACAUGACCGGGAGCUGCUAAUAAAAGAAUGUUGCACUAUA